AUGUCAAAGGCUUCCAGAGGAGACAAACUUCUGAGUGACCUGGGUUACAAGCUGGGCCAGACCCUGGGGGAAGGCAGCUAUUCCAAGGUGAGGGUGGCCACCUCUGCCAAAUACAAAGGCCCCCUAGCCAUCAAAAUGGUGGACCGACGUCGGGCACCCCGUGAUUUUGUUGAGAAGUUCCUGCCACGGGAGCUUUCCAUCUUGCGAGGGAUUCGGCACCCACAUAUCGUCAGGGUCUACGAGUUCAUCGAAGUCUGCAAUGGGACGCUCUACAUUGUGAUGGAAGCAGCCUCCACAGAUCUGCUACAAAUGGUGCAGCAAGUAGGGAAACUGCCUUGUGAUCCCGAAGCCCGGGACAUCUUUGCCCAGGUAGUGAGUGCUGUCCGCUACCUCCACGACCGGCAUUUGGUGCACCGGGACCUCAAGUGUGAGAAUGUGCUGCUCACAUCCGAUGGCCGGCGAGCAAAACUGACUGACUUUGGUUUUGGCAAGGAGUCCCGUGGGUAUCCAGAACUGAGUACCACUUAUUGUGGGUCAGCUGCCUAUGCCUCCCCAGAGGUCCUUAUGGGCAUCCCCUAUGAUCCCAAAAAGUAUGAUGUAUGGAGUUUAGGCAUCAUGCUGUACGUGAUGGUCACUGGCUGCAUGCCCUUUGACGACACCCACAUCCAUAGCAUGCCCUAUCGCCAGAAGAAAGGGGUUGCGUUCCCAGAAGAUCUGCUCUCUUUAUCUGAGCCCUGCAAAGUUCUUAUUACUCAGCUUCUCCAGUUCAAUCCAGAAUCUCGGCCCUCUGUGGGACAUGUAUCUAAGAACUCUUGGCUGAAGGGGGAAACAUAAAUGGGACAGCCUUUCCAACCCUGGCAUUGGCACCACAUGCUUCAAACAGGGUGAGGGGCCGAUGCCAUGGUAACAACAGAACUCUAUAGCUGUAGAAAACUGGUUUCUGGAAUAGUGACCUUGGGAAGAAAAUAGGCAAAUGGCUAUGGGUGGGAAAACUUUUAAAAAACAAUUCCGAUGUAAGUUCCUCUGAAAUUAAGGGACUUUCUUCCAAACAUAUGUAUUUACA